CCGUGGGUGAUGCUAUCUCUCCCUGCCCGAUCUGCAUCAAUCUACCCGAAGCUGCCCGAUUUCGCUUUCUCUAUAUCACCCCUUUGCCCCGCGACAUCUCUAUACAUAUAUCAUCUUAAUAUUAUUCCUAAGUAAACAGGAGAAAUUCUUAUUGAUAUACAUAAAUUUUCUUAACUUGUACCCUGUCUUUCUCCAUUUCGACCCUGUCUGUUCUCCACAAGGGCUUUUCGUUUCCCAGUUCGAACGAUCUCGAAGGUAUGUGUCACUCGAUUUGAAGCUAAUGGUCAGUUAGAGUUUCGUGUUGUUGUGGAUUUGUUUCGAAUGAAUUGAUUGGAUCUGGAAAAUUUCAAUUGGAAUUUCCAUGGUACAGAUCGGAGAACUUUAGUUUCUGAGCUGGAAUUGAGCCGGACAAGCUAGGGUUUCCUAGGAUCUGGGGCUUAUCUAAGCUUCUUCUGCUAGGCUCUUGAUGUUUCAGGGCGAGUGGGUAAGUCGAGCAGGUGGAGCGAGACUAGGGGAAGAUGCGAGAGAAUUCUUAUUAUGCGUGGGUGGGAACAGCGGGGUGAGCCGUGUCGAAGGAAGAGUUUUGCUCAACACAUGCAGGCUACGACCAAGAGGACUGUAGCCUCCUGUGAUUCGUCCAUUACUGCUGAUUCGUUCUGCAAGGAGGAUCGCAAGAUCUGUGUUGGUGAUUGUGCUCUUUUCAAACCGCCGCAUGACUCCCCACCUUUCAUUGGAAUUAUCCGCUGCUUAAUCUCAAAUGAAGGCAAUAAUAACUUGCAUUUAGGUGUUAAUUGGCUUUACCGACCAGCUGAGCUGAAGCUAGGGAAAGGCAUUCCUUCAGAAGCCUCGCCAAACGAAGUUUUUUAUUCCUUUCAUAGGGAUGAGAUAUGUGCUGCUUCGUUACUCCAUCCGUGUAAAGUUGCUUUCCUUCCUAAAGGUGUUGAACUUCCAACAGGGAUAUCUUCAUUUGUUUGCCGGCGAGUUUAUGACAUUGCAAACAAGUGUUUAUGUUGGCUAACUGAUCAAGAUUAUAUUGAUGAGCUACAAGAAGAAGUAGGUCAACUCUUAUACAAGACACAAGUAGAGAUGCACACAUCAUUGCAACCUGGUGGCCGUUCUCCAAAACCAGUAAAUGCCUUGAUUCCCACACUGCAGUCAAAAUCUGGUUCAGAAAAUGUGCAGAAUACAGCGACAUCAUAUCCUUCACAAGGUAAGGGAAAGAAAAGGGAACGAGGAGAUGAUAACAAUUCGGUGAAGCGAGAGCGCUCUUUCAAACAAGAUGAUAGUAGUAAUUUGUACAAGACCGGAAGUGCUAUUAAAUCUGAAAUAGUAAAAAUAACCGAAAGAGGAGGAGGGCUUGUGGACUCUGAUGGUGUCGACAAGCUUAUUCAGUUUAUGCAAGCAGAUAAAGGAGGGGAGAGGAAAAUGGAUUCGGUCUGUCGGUCGCUCCUUGCUGGAGUGGUUGCUUCAACGGACAGGUUUGAAUGCCUUAACCGGUUUGUGCAGCUGAGGGGGUUGCUUGUAUUGGACGAAUGGCUUCAAGACAUCCAUAAAGGUAGUAGGAUCAGCGAUGGCAACCCAAAGGAUGGUGGUGAUAAACGAUGGGAUGAGCUUCUUCUAGUUUUGCUCCGUGCACUUGAUAAGCUCCCUGUGAAUCUCGAAGCACUAAAGAUGUGCAAUAUUGGCAAAUCUGUUAAUCAUUUACGCUCACACAAGAACAUGGACAUCCAGAAGAAAGCUCGGAGCUUAGUGGAUACAUGGAAGAAACGCGUUGAAAUUGAAAUGAAUAUGAUAGAUGCUAAUAAUAAGUCAACCCAAGGCGUCUCAUGGCCUUCCAAAUCCCGGAUUCAGGAGACUUCUCACAGUGCAAAUAAGAGUAAUCCAGGGUUUUCCAAUGAUUUCACUCCAAAGAGCUCAGUGACGACACAACUAUCCUCUAGAACUGUCUCAGUAAAGACUUUACAAGUGGAAACCACUACUGCAAAAUCGGCAUCCUCUUCUCCUGUACCGGUUAAAGAUGGUCAAGCUAGGGUUUCUUCAUUAUGUGGUGGUGCUUCACAUGUUGAUGUUCCUCCUGUAGUAUUGAUGAGGGAGGAUAAGAGCAGCAGUUCUAGCCAGUCUCAUAAUCACAGUCCAUCUUUUUCAGGAAAAGAGGAUGCAAGGAGUUCCACUGCAGGGUCGAUGAGUAGCAAUAAGGUCUCAAAUAGCAGUUCCCGCCACCGCAAGACAAUCAAUGGGUUUCCAGGAACGUCUCUGUCGGAAGGCCUAAAAGAAAGAAGCAGACAUUCCAACCCUGAAAGAGUAUCACAGUCUGUGGUUGUUGGUGAUAAAUCUACUGACUUGUCUGUUGUUGAAAGGGGAGAUCAGAAGGUGAUUGUUAAGAUACCUAAUAAUAGAAUCCAAAGUCCUGCACAUAGUGUGAGUGGAGGGUCUUGCGAGGAGGAACCUAAUAUUGUGAAUAGCCAAGCUUCUUCCCCUGUGGUUUCGGAGAAACAUGUCCAACCUGACCAAAAUGUGAAGGCAAACAGUGAUGACCUGUAUCGAUCUAAUAAUAAUAAUAAUAUAAUAUCUGAUGUCAAUGCAGAGUCUUGGCAGAGUAAUGAUCUCAAAGAUAUCUUAACCGGAUCUGAUGAAGGUGAUGGAUCACCUACUCAACUUGCAGAAGAUGAUGAUCGGGAGGAUGACAGGAAAGGUGGUGGCGUCUCAAAGACGGUUCCUUCAUUUUCUGGAAAAAAUCAAAAUGUUUCUUUCGACUCCAUGAAUGUUUUAAUUGAGAGCUGUAUUAAGUACUCUGAAUCAAAUGCAUCCAUGUCAGUGGGUGAUGCUAGUGGGAUGAACCUGCUUGCCAGCGUGGCUACUGAACAAAUGUCUAAAUCUGAUUUGUAUUCGCCAUCUGUUUCCUCGCAAAGAAAUUCCCCCGUGGUUGAGGAAACUUGUAUGGAUACUGACGAUUUCAGAUCACAACCCCGACCCUGUGAAAGGAUCACAAGCGACUGCAAACAGCGACAUGGUAAUAAGCAGCAGCAUGUUGAUGCAGGAAAAUAUCGUGGAGAAUGUAAACUGGAGAUGAAUGAGAAUGAUGGUGAAUCAGAUAAAAGGUCUUUUGAAGGAGGCAACAAGGGGGUUUACUCUGGUGCUAAAAUGGGCACUGACACUUUGUUAGAAGGUAACAAUGUAAGCUUAGGUGACCAAAAGGGAUCACGUGAAGAGGGAAAAUUAAAUGCAGCAGCCACAUCGGAUUCUGAAGUGAAUGAGAGACUACCUGUAAAGGAAGAGCACCCUACAUCCUCUGUAGAUGCAACUGCAGAUAAAGGGGGUGAUGAAGAUGAAAUCCACUCAUAUCUUAAGUUGUGUGAGAAAAUGAAGUCAAAGCAUACGACACUGGAUCCAUUACUGGAAGAUAAAAAUUCAAUUAAUGUGGAUUCCACGGUUAAUAGUGAUAAUAACAAUAAUAAUAACCUGACAACAGAAUGCAGCAAUGAUGGCCUUGCUGAAGCUAAGCAUGAUUCUGGCGGAUCACCACCAUCUGUGAAAGAAAGAGCUGGAUAUUCUGUUACAGAGACUGCUUCCAAAAUGAAAUUCGAUUUGAAUGAAGGUUUCGUUUCAGAUGAUGAGAAAUGCGGUGAGGCAAUCAACCCUCCCACACACAUGGUCAACCCAUUACCAUUUCCUAUAACUUCUGUCGCCAUUACUGCCAAAGGCCUGUUUGUGCCUCCAGAGGAGUUAUUGAGAUUCAAGAGGCAAAGUGGUGAGUUCAGAUGGAAAGGUUCUGCUGCCACAAGUGCGUUUCGUCCGGCAGAGCCAAGAAAAGUGUUUACGCCAACAGUAAGCGCAUCCCAGUCUGCUGAAGCUGCUCCCUCAAGUGCGAAUAAAACUCGUCCAUGUUUAGAAAUUGAUUUGAAUGCUCCAGGUGAAAGUUCUUUAGAAGAUGAUGAAGUUGGAUAUUCAGCUCCUCAAGAGAUUAUUAGCCAUCUGCCUAUUAACCAAAAGAAAGAAAAACCGAGUUCUCCAUCUAUUCCUUCUGGAGGAGGGGGUCUCAAUCUUGAUCUGAACAGAGCUGAUGAUGAGUCUAAUGAUGUGGGCCAGUGUUCAUUAAGAAGCAGCAUUUUUAAUAGUAACGUAUUGGAGGGACUUGUUGAACCAUUACAAUCGCAAUGUGCGCCGUCUCGUGAGGUCAGAAUGGACUUUGAUUUGAAUAAUGGCCCCGCUGCUGAUGAUAUCACUGCGGAACAACAGCCUUUUUUGUUCCGACAGAAUAGCCGUGGGAACAUCAGAAUGAACAAUCCAGAAAUAGGGAGCUAUGCUUCUUGGUUCACUCCUGUUUGUGGAUAUUCAGCUGUCAGUGGGCCGCCACCACAACCAUCACAGGCCAGUAGUCCCUUUCCUCUCGAUAUUUAUCGAGGCUCAGUUCUGUCAUCAUCACCUGCUGCUGCUGCUGCUUACCAGAUUCCCAUGUUUCCCUUCGGGGCGACAAGUUUUCCACUCCCAUCCACAAGUUUCCCAGUAGGUUCUGCUCCUUAUAUCAAUUCCUCACCUGGUGGGAGGCUGUUUACUGCUGCAGUCAAUUCACAGUUGCUGGGUCCCGUCGUCAGUGCUUCCUCAGCUCAUCAAUUUCCCAGGCCGUACAUGGUCACCCUCCCGGACAAUGGUACUAGUGGUAAUAAUGGGAAAUGGGCUAAACAGAGCUUGGACCUGAAUGCUGGGCCUGGAUAUAUUGAUAUCAUCCAUGGUGUAAGGGAUGAGUCUUCAAUCACUUCAAGACAACUGUCUAUUGCUCAUGAUCAACAGUUACUACAGUCAGCGGGUGAGCAUCAUGCGUUGUACCAGCACCCUGUAGCUGCAGGUAACAUAAUGAAGAGGAAGGAGCCUGAUGGGGGCUGGGGUGAUAAUGAUAGCUUCAGGCACAACAAGCAGUCGUCAUGGCACUAAGAGUGUGGUGUGUAAAAUGAUGCCAUCCUGCCCAGCUCUGAGUUCUGAGUCGGGGGAUAGGAUGCUGGCUCUCAGUGGAAGCAAGAUGGAUAAUCUUUGUGUUACUACCCUGAGGUGGACAACCUUCUUCGAUUGACAAUGCUUGUGGGUGGAGUGAUUAUAGAGCGUGGGGAAGUUGUGCGUCCUUUCUUGGGAUUCUGAGAAAUGCUUUCUCCUCUGUAGAUAUAUUGAACUGUUCGAAACUAUUUUUAAAGAAAAAAUGAAUCAGGUAGGGCUUGUGCCCCAACUUCAGUUCAACAUAUGAAAUGCCUCGCCAAAAAAUGACGUUUGACAUGCAGUUAAGAUAUAUGCACUUUGGUUUGGAUCA